GCGGAAGCUAUAGACUUUAAAAGAGAAUCUGAAAUCUCAGACACAGAAAAGGGCGCUUAAAGUUAAUACAUGAUAACUGUGUAAUUACAGAGUUUUGGCAACAGGUACAGACAGUAUGGCUGAAGAAUGGCUUGGGAGUCUGGUGUCAAUCAAUUGUGGCGUCACACUGGGUGUGUAUCAGGGAGAGGUGUCCUCGGUGGACCAGGCUAGCCAAACCAUCUCUCUCAAACAGCCUUUCCACAAUGGCAUCAAGUGCCCUGUGCCUGAGGUGACUUUUAGUGCCAUGGACAUCAAGGAGCUAAAGAUUCUGGAUAUUCGAAAUGGAAACAGCCAGGUUGGUGUGGCUGACUCGGGCUCCUCCUCCUCAGGCCGCUCAGGGGGUAACAGUCGGAGUGGUGGCACUGGGGGGCCGGUCAGUAGUGCCCCCAUGGCUGUUCCGCGGAAAGGCGAGCCAAGAUCACUAGAGGGGCUGACCUCGCCACAGCAGUAUUCCAAAAGCUAUGGGGAGCGCUACCUUGAAACCGCAGGUCAGACCAAGGGCUUUCGCCGGAGACACAACUCCUGGUCAUCUAGCAGCAGAGGACCAAGCCAGGCCACACCCAAGAAGAAUGGCCAGAAGAAUGGAGGUGGGCCAAUGAAGAAUAAGGAUGAUGAGUGUUUCGGGGAUGGCAUGGAAGAAGGCCUGGACACAGAUUUUGACUUUGAGGGGAACCUGGCAUUAUUCGACAAAGCAGCGGUGUUUUCUGAGAUUGACACAUCAGAGCGCCGUGGCAAUGGGGCAAGGUCCCGUGGUACGCCUGGGGAGCGGACGCCUUCCAGCUACCGGCAUGACGAGAACAUCCUGGAGGCUAAACCCAUAGUAUACCGACAGAUCACCGUACCCCAGCAUGGAGGCAAAGAGUACUGCACUGACUCGGGGCUGGUGGUGCCCAGCGUGCCCUAUGAGCUCCACAAGCGGCUGCUGUUGGUGGCUGAGCGGUAUGGCCUCACGCCCGCGCGCCGGCUGGAGAUGACGGGCGUGUGCGCCAGUCAGAUGGCCCUGACACUGCUGGGAGGGCCCAACAGGCUGACCCCGAAGAAUGUGCACCAGCGGCCCACCGUGGUUCUGCUCUGCGGCCCGCACGUGCAGGGUGCGCAGGGCAUGAGCUGCGCCCGGCACCUGGCCAACCACGAGGUGGAGGUCAUCCUCUUCCUGCCCAACUUCGUCAAGAUGCUGGAGGCCAUCACCAAUGAGCUCACGCUGUUCAACAAGACGGGAAACAAGCAGGUGUCUAGUGUCAAAGAUCUGCCUGACACCCCAGUGGACCUGGUCAUCAACUGCCUGGACUCUCAUGAAAAUGCUUUCCUGAGGGACCAGCCCUGGUACCGAGCGGCAGCCGACUGGGCCAACCAGAACAGGGCUCCAGUGCUCAGCAUUGACCCGCCAGUGAGCGGACAGGAGCAGGCAGUAGAGGCAAAAUGGUCCUUGUCUCUGGGUCUGCCCCUGCCUUUGGGGGAGAGCGCAGGCCGAAUGUACCUGUGUGACAUUGGUGUGCCCAACCAGGUGUUCCGGGAGGUGGGAAUCAGCUACCACUCACCUUUCGGAUGCAAGUUUGUCAUCCCCCUGCACUCGGCGUAAUGGAGGCACCUGCAAUCCUCAGUCUGGGCCCUUAACUCAAGCCUUCUUCCCUGUUCUCUCUUGUCUCUACGCAGUCAUGCUUGAUGGCUAUGAACACAGAAUCAGCCUUAAAUUCCACAGAGCUUGAAUGACUGAAUAUGUCUGGCUGUGUUUGGAUAUGGAUAAAGAUACGUUUUUCACAGAUGGAGGCUCCAAUGACAAGGUCAUACCAGCUCAUGUCUUGAACUUUACUUUGUGACUGUUUUCGUUGAGCAUUGUUUAAGGUACCACCAGGGACUGCUGUGAGAGGAGAACUUGUUGUGCUUGUUUGUGCUUGCACACGUGUAUGCGCGUGCAUGUUUGUGGACCUCUUCCCCCCCCUUACCUGAGAGUGUUUACAGCAUGCAUGGGGGCCAUGCUGGGCGCUCUGGCUGAGAAUGCUGGACGUGAUUACAGACUUCCUGUUUUGUUUCCUGCUGGAGCCUGAGCCAGGCCCAGUGAACUGGCCUCUGAGCGUGUGUGUCCAUGUGGAGGGGUCAGGCUCAUGUUCAUGUUUUGUCUUGAAGUUAAGAGUUUGAGAAGAGAAGUGCUUAAAGACAAUAUGGUAUAUUUUGC